AUGGAACCAGAUAAUGAUACACGAAUUUCAGAAUUUCUUCUACUGGGAUUUGCAGAGGAACCAGAAUGGCAGCUCCUGAUAUUUGGACUUUUCCUUUCCAUUUACCUGAUCACUGUGUUUGGAAACCUGCUCAUCAUUCUGGCUGUCAGCUCAGAUGCCCAACUCCACAAACCCAUGUACUUCUUUCUCUCCAACCUGUCAUUUGUAGACAUCUGUUUUAUAUCCACCACAAUCCCAAAGCUGCUCUGGAACAUCCAGACCCAGAGCAAAGUUAUAACCUAUAAAGGCUGCAUCACACAAAUUUAUUUUUUCAUAUUCUCUGCAGUGUUAGACAUCUUUCUCCUGACAGUGAUGGCCUAUGACCGGUGUGUGGCUAUCUGUCACCCACUACACUACACAGUCAUUAUGAAUCCCCAAUUCUGUAGACUCCUGCUUCUGGUGUCCUGGAUCAUGAGUAUCCUGAAUUCCUUGUUACAAAGCUUAAUGUCACUGAAGCUUUCUUUUUGCACAGAUGUGGAAAUCCCCCACUUUUUUUGUGAUCUCAGUCAGAUCAUCCAACUUGCCUGUUCUGACACCAUUCUUAAUAACAUAGUAAUGUAUUUUGCAAGUGUCCUUUUGGGUGCUGGUCCCCUGGGUGGUAUCCUUUACUCUUAUUCUAAGAUAAUUUCUUCUAUACAUGGAAUCUCAUCAGCUCAAGGGAAAUAUAAAGCAUUUUCUACCUGUGCAUCUCACCUCUCAGUUGUAUCCUUAUUUUUUUGUACGAGCAUAGGCGUGUACCUCAGCUCUGCUGCUACCCCCAGCUCACAAUCAAAUGCAACAGUCUCGGUUAUAUACACUGUGGUCACACCCAUGCUAAACCCCUUCAUCUACAGUUUGAGGAGCAAGGACAUAAAAGGGGCUUUGAAAAGAGUCUUCAUGAUAACAAUUCUAAAAAGGAAAUUUAUUCUGGGUCUGUAG